AUGCGCCGGGCAACCUCUUGUGGAUUUGCGCUUACUCUCGGUAUCCGCUCUGCCCUCGCGGCACUCUAUACCGAUGCCUCCCAACUGAACAAGACUUACGACUAUGUCGUCGUCGGAUCUGGACCCGGCGGCAGCACUGUCGCCAACCGUCUUUCUGAGGACUCCAGCGUCAACGUCCUCGUUAUUGAGGCCGGUGGCAACCCUGACGGUAAUGUCCUCGCCGAGGCUCCAUGGCUUGCUCCGGGGGACUUGAACACUGCCUACGACUGGAACUUCACGACUACCUCGCAACCCGGUCUUGAUGGACGUAGCUUUUCCUACAACCGUGGCAAGGCGCUCGGCGGCUCCAGCACACUCAACUUCAUGGUAUGGACCCGUGGCUCGCGUGAUGAUUACGACCGCUGGGCGAACGUGACCGGCGAUGACGGCUGGGGCUGGGACAAGCUCGAGCCCUACAUGCGCAAGGCUGAGGGUCUCCACGCUCCCACCGAUAACCACGACAUGUCUUCCCAGAUCAACACCACCGCUCAUGGUACUGAGGGCCCUCUUGGUAUCACCUUGCCUGGCUACUCUGUGCCUACGGACGCACGCGUUCUCAAUGCCACCAAGGAGAUCGGCGGUCAGUUCGCCUACAACGAGGAUAUGAACACUGGUAACUCCAUUGGUACUGGUUGGUCGAUUGUCGCUCAGCGUGACGGCGCUCGUUCGUCCGGCUGGACUUCGUACAUCAAGCCCUACCUCAACCGCACCAACUUCGACGUCCUCAUCGGUCACCAGGUCACGAAGGUUGUGCAGACCGGCAAGGAGAAGAACACUCCCGUCUUCCGUGGUAUUCAGUUCGCGCAGAACUCCUCGGCCCCCGUCCAGUCCUUGAACGUCACGAAGGAGGUUAUCCUGUCCGCUGGCGCAGCCAUGUCGCCCCAGAUCCUGCUCCUUUCCGGUAUUGGUCCCAAGGACGAGCUCUCCGCCCUCGAUAUCCCGGUCGUCGUCGACAACGAGGCUGUUGGCAAGAACAUGCAGGACCAUGCUUUGAUCACGAACGUCUACUCCGUCAAGCAGGGCAUGUUCACGCUCGACCCGGUUUCCCAGAACGCGACCUUCGCGGCUGAGGCCAUCACAGAAUGGAACCAGACUCGCGACAACGAGCUCGUCCUCAACGCUUGCAACCAGCUUGGUUGGCACCGCGUCAAUGACAGCCUCAUCCAGGGCAAGACCGACCCGAGCGCGGGACCCACCUCCGGUCACUACGAGCUCAUCUACACCGACGCGUUCGUCUCGUUCACCGAUGCCCUCACGCAGCCGGCACAGGGCGGUUACUUCACCAUCUUCGCGAAUGUCGUCUCUCCAGCCUCGCGUGGCUCGCUCUCCAUCAACUCGACCGACCCCUUCGUUCAGCCGCUGCUCAACCCUGGUAUUCUCGCUGACGACUUCGACCUCGUCACCAUGCGUGAGGCGAUCAAGGCUGGUGCCGCGUUCGCGAACGCUAGCUCGUUCUCGGACUUCCUCGUUGAGCCCAUUGGUCCCUACGCCGAUGCUAUCAAGGGCGGUGACGCCGCGAUCGAGGCCUACGCCAAGAACCUCACCACCACUGUCUGGCACAUCACGAGCUCCCUCUCCAUGACCAGCGAGAAGUCGAAGGACGGUGCGCUGAACCCGGACUUGACCGUCAAGGGCACCGUUGGUCUUCGUGUUGUUGACGCCAGCGCUUUCCCCUUCAUCCCUGCCGCACACACCCAAGCCCCCACCUACAUCCUCGCCGAGCGUGCCGCAGACAUCAUCAAGGGCAAGAGCAGCACUGGUAGCAGCUCGACGCUCUCCUUAGCCUUAGGCAUCUCUUCUGAUCUCUGA